CUCUAAGAAGUUAAGAAUACUUCUCAAUUAAUUAUAUAUAUUUAGUGGAAAAUUGAGAUUUUAAGAUUUCCAGUGGCCUGCACUGGCUCACAUGCCCAUGGCAGAAUAUGAGGCUGGUUUCCAAAUAGAUCAGUCAAAACUUCUCAAAACAACCUAGCUCAGAAAAAACGAGUUUGUCCCUGCUGUAAUCUUUUCGGUCUGGAUAGAAGACAACACCAUAAGGUCAGUCCCUGAGGUUGGGUUAUAAAAAUGACUGCGCUCUCCUUUAGUGGUAAUUAGCCUCCACUUGACUCUUCAGGGGUGUUGUGUUGAAAAGGAGUGUGUGUGAGCAGACAGUGCUGAGUGCUGAGACAGUCUCUCGCUGAGAGAAACAGAAUGGUUUAAAAGCCUCACAUUCUGAAAAAAGCAGCUUUUACACCCACACCCAUGUAAAAGAGGGAGCUGUGAAGGAGGUGAGGAGGAUGGAGAGGUGCAAUGAGAGAGGAGAAGAGCACAGAUUCAUGUCAUGUCUCACACAGGGCCACGAAAAGGUCCCUGGGCUUCGCUCGACUGUUUCGCUGAAUGUCCACUUCUUCUCAGGUUGGAUAUACAGUGUGUGUGUCUCCUCGUGAGGUCUCCCACUGUCAGUAUAUUGAGUCACACAGCUCAGCUCUCAGAUCUGUAGCCAUCCGAGCUCAAACUGUUGCCUCUGCUCCAUCUCCAGCUGCUCCCCUCCCACCAACACUACCAAGCCUUCCGCACUGUCCUGAGUCCUUUCCUAUCCUGUUCCUCUCUCUCUUCCCGAAUCACUUCCUGUUUCACUAUACUUUUCUAUAAAGCCAAUAAUAAUAAUGAUAGUAAUGUUGCUACUUCAACAAGAUUUUUCUACCUGAUCUAACUCUAAAACCAGUUCAUUUCUAAUGUUUCCAUAUAAAGCACAUUAUCUUAGUACCUGGCAGAAUACAAAUGUCUAGUCUAUGCCACAAAAUCGCAGUCUUAAACAUUCGCCCCAGGGCAGUACCAUGAAUGCACAAGGAUCACGUAAGAAGCCUUUUGUACUUCAGAGAAAAGAGCGGAGAAGUCAGCCUGCUAAGAGCAAAGAUGGCAGAACAUCCCGAGCUGCUUAUUACUGUAUGUUCCACCGUUCGGCCUCCAUCGCUGCAAGGGAAGAUUUUAAGAGAAAGCAUGAAAUGCGUGUUGUGCUCAACUCGACUAACGUGGCUAAAUAAAGGCAGGAUACAAAAGAGAAAAGAAAAAAACACUUCACGCUUCCCUGGCAAGCUGGUGUGUGCACAGGUCAAGCCACUGAUGAGAUCAAGCAGAAAAAUACAGCGCGCCUCCGGGGCCAAAUGAGAGCCGUCCAGGUCCAAAGCUGCAGGCUACAGGAGAAGAAGGGUGCUGCCAGCGCUGUUAUGCUGCUGGACACUACGGAGUCCACCGCUGAACUAGGCUGGACAACGUAUCCUGACACAGGGUGGGAUGAGGUGAGCGUGUUAGAUGACAAGGGGAGACUCAUGCGUACCUUUGAAGUCUGCAAUGUCAAUCAAAACCCUCGUCUCCAAGACAACUGGUUGGCCACGCCCUUCCUGUACCGGCAGUCAGCUCCACGGAUCUUUGUGACACUGCGUUUCUCGGUUCGAGACUGCGCCAGUCUACGCUCACCCUCCCCGACAUGCAGGGAGACCCUGACACUGUACUACAAACAGGCUGACUCUCAGAAAGAGCUGGAGAGAACCUGGGUAGCUGAGCCUUCCAGUGGAGAGACAAGAGAGGGCUGGGUGAAGAUCGACACCAUUGCAGCAGACAAGAGUUUCAGUCGCGUAGAGCCAAGUCUACCUCACCAGUACAAAUCUGAGAACGCCCGACGCAUCAACAUCAAAACCCGCAGCUUUGCUCCUCUCACACGAAAAGGGUUUGUUUUAGCUAUAGUAGACAGCGGAGCAUGUGUGUCACUCAUGGGUGUUUCCAUCUUUUAUCGUCGCUGUCCAGCAACCAGUCGUUUCCUGGCUUUCUACCCAGCCACGCCCUCAGGGGCGGAGCCAACAUCUCUAGUUCCAGUGACUGGAACUUGUGUACCCCACAGCCAAUCACAGGGUGGGACAGCACCGAGAAUGCACUGUAACACAGAAGGUGAAUGGCUGGUGCCUGUUGGAGGAUGCACGUGUAAUGCAGGAUAUGAGCCCAAUCAUAAUGGCUCGGCCUGUUUAGCGUGCUCAAUCGGGUCCUAUAAACCAGUGGCCGGCUCAGUUUCGUGCACAGAGUGCCCAGCUAACAGCAGAACCAGUUCAGAAGGGUCUAAACUUUGCGAAUGUCGGAGUGGCUACUACCGCGCACCCACCGAUGCUAACACCACCGCCUGCACAAGCCCUCCAUCAGCGCCUGCAUCUCUGUCAUGGGAGUAUGAGAGUUCAGAGGGCGGGGUGUCAUUGCGCUGGAGACCUCCUGCAAACAUGGGGGGACGGAGUGAAGUGUGGUACGGGGUGGUGUGUCGAAUCUGCCCCUCUGCCACUAACACACCACCGAGCAUGUGUUCCUGGUGUGGAGAUACUGUCACUUUUUCCCCUUCUCAAACUGGCUUAAAGCAGACAAGGGUCACCCUCAAAAACCUGCUUACUAGGGUCACAUACCUCAUACAGGUUCAAGCACUAAAUGAAGUGUCAGCGCUGAGCCCUUUCCCACCUCAGUUCGCCAGCAUCAACUUCACCACCAGCCAAUCAGUGCCUUCUGAGGUUCCCAUGCUGCACCAGUUGAACAGAGUUCACGACUCCAUCACGCUGUCCUGGCCUCAGCCUGACCGGCCCAACGGUGACAUCCUGGAAUACCAGCUCCGGUACUACGACAAGGGGACUGAUGAGGACAGUGCUAUGAGCGUGUUCAGUGAAACCAACACCGUGACAGUUGGAGGUCUGAUUCCAGGCUCCAUCUACGCCUUCCAGAUCCGUGCCCGGAAUGAGAGAGGCUACGGACCCUACAGCCACACGAUUUACUUCAGCACUCUAGCAAUGGAGGAACAGUCAAAGCAGAUUCAGAAUCGCCUGCCUCUCAUGAUUGGAUCGAUAAUGGGCGGAGCAGCGUUUCUAUUAGUUGUGAUCGCGAUCAUCAUUGUGUUUGUGUUUCGAAGUAAAAGAAGAGAAAGCCCUUAUAGUGACAGACUUCAGAGAUACAUCAGCAACAGAGGUGGGGUGAAAUAUUAUGUGGACCCCUCUACUUAUGAAGACCCCAGUGAGGCGGUCAAAGAAUUUGCACGAGAAAUCGACCCUGCUCACCUAAAGAUCGAAGAAGUCAUUGGUGCUGCUCAGUUCGGGGAGGUGUCCCGUGGCCGGUACAGGCCACUAGGUCGUAGAGAGGUGCUGGUUGCGGUUAAGACUUUGCGUUGGGGAGUGACAGACCGUGAAAAGAAUGUGUUUCUCAGUGAGGCUGGAGUCCUUGGUCAGUUUGACCACCCCAAUGUACUGAAAUUGGAAGGUGUGAUCACUCGCACCCCUCCUGAACGGAUUAUCACAGAGUUUAUGGAGAAUGGACCCCUGGAUGCCUUUCUCAGGGAAAACGAGGAUCAGUUCAGUGUGUUGCAGCUGGUAGGCAUGGUGAGAGGUGUUGGAGCUGGAAUGCGUUAUCUUUCAGAGAGGAAUUUUGUCCAUCGUGACCUUGCUGCCCGGAACAUUCUGGUGAAUUCAAACCUGGUUUGUAAGGUGUCUGACUUCGGCCUGUCCCGUUUAAUGAGGGGUCUGGACCACAACAUGCCCACCUACACUGCUUCACUGGGCAGUAAGAUCCCAGUGCGGUGGACAGCUCCUGAAGCUUUCCAGCAUCGUAAAUUCAGUUCAGCAAGUGAUGUCUGGAGUUUUGGGAUACUCAUGUGGGAGGUCAUGUCAUAUGGAGAACGUCCAUACUGGGACAUGAACAACCAAGAGGUGAUGAAGGCAGUGGUUGAUCAGUACCGUUUACCUGCUCCGAACGGUUGUCCUCCAGCUCUCCACUCUCUGAUGCUGCAGUGCUGGCAGGCCGACAGACAGGAGCGGCCAGGCUUCGAUUCUCUCCUGUCGUCUCUUGACCGUCUCAUACGCCACCCUGCCUCCCUGAAGGCCGAACACAGCCGUCCCACCCAGCCACUCUUAAGCCCCACCCCUACUGACCUCUCAACAGUGACAACAGUCGGUGAUUGGCUGACAGCUCUAAAGAUGGACCGGUAUAAGGAUGCAUUUGAGAGAGCACAGUACCACAGUCUGGAAAGAGUGAGCAUGCUCACAAUGGAGGGUGUUCAGGCUCUAGGAGUGAAUCUGCUCGGUCAUCAGCGGAAGAUCGUAAAUGCAGCUAAGCAGCUCAGGACACACCUCACUCAGGGACAUGUGGAGGUCUGAUGCUUCCCAAAUUGUGUUGACACAGCAGGGCAUGCUGGGAGAUCUAGUCCACAGCCUGCUGCAGGCCACAUGAACACUGGAAUAGAGAUGAGGAUGACAAAAAGAGCCUUGAGUGGAAAAGAAGAUUUUUAUGAUGAAUUAUUUGCCCAUCAGUCCCACCCUUUCUUGCUGAACUGUUGUCUUCCAUAUUCACGUACUCCCUCCUUCGGUGUUGCACUACCUCUCACUUUCUUAUCAGUUCAUUACUUACUGGCAUUCAGUAUGAACUUGAGCCUUAAGAACACAAAAAGAAAGCUCCUUCACAAUCAGUUGCAAGGACAAUCAGAGACUUUAAAUGGUUGGUAACUGACUGUUAUGUCUUUGUUGGCAUGUGUGGUCAAGGGCACUAGAUGUUUUUUUUUAACUACACAAACAAAUGAUACUCAUAUUGAUCAAUACACUGAACCCCCAUAAAAACACCACAAGGACAUGUCUAAAAAUCAUGUUUAUAAGAAGUAUUUUGCCUUGCUUUCCAGUAAAAAUAUCUCAAAUUUGCUGAGAGCUUAUCAAGUCUUUUUAAAGGAUGUGUUAAUAUUGUUUUUAGAAAAUACACACUACUGAACAAAGGUUUGGGGUCAGUGAGAUUUAAAUGUUUUUGAAAGAAGACUAUUUUGCUCACCAAGAUCAGAAAUACAGUAAAAACAGUAAUAUUGUAAAAUAUAAUCACAAUUUAAAAUAAAAGCUGAAUGCUCAGCAGUUCACACUGCAAAAAAGGCAUAUCUUACUUAGUAUUUUUGUCUUGUUUCUAGUCAAAAUAUCAAAAAAUUCUUAAAUCAAGAUGCAUUUACUAGAUAUGCAAAAUGACAUAAGAUAUUUAGUCUUUUUUCCAGGUGGAAAAAAAAAUUAAUGAAGAGCAUUUUGCUUAAAAUAAGGAAAAUUAUCUGCCAGUGGGGUUCAUUUUGCUUAUAUAGUAAAUGCAUCUUGAUUUAAGAAUUUUUAGAUAUUUUGACUAGAAAUAAGACAAAUAUACUAAGAUAUGCCUUUUUUGCUGUGCAGUGUCACAUGAUCCUUCAGAAAUCAUUCUGUUAUGCUGAUUUGGUGAUCAAGAGACAUCAUAAUUCAUGUUGAAAACAGUUAUGAUAUUUUUACAUCAUAAAUAUUU